UUGAUUAUCUUUUCUCUGGAGACGUUUUGAUUUUUGGCAAGAGUCUAGUGAUGAUUUUGCUCCAGCAACUCAACUUUAAAUAUGAUGCUGCUUCAUUUGUUAGCAUUUUUUAUAUAUGUACAUGCUUGUUUGUUAUUUUAACUGAUUAACGCCUUCUUGAUGGAUCGCAUCGAGCUUUUUUGUAUGAGCCUAUACGUACAUACAUACAUAUCCAUAUACUUACUCACAAUACUGUUGGCUACUAGUUAAUAUAGAAGAUCUACGUAUUCUGUCGUCAUUUCAAACUGAGUAUUUGAGAUCGCAGGUCGUGACGAGAUUUUUGAGUGUUUGGGAUUAAGGAAAAAAAUCUAAAAAUUUGGCUGUGCUACUGCAAUUUAUAGCAGUUGUUGAAAUAACACAUGUACCUAAAUAUAUAUUUUUGCAUUUUGUUAUGAAUUUUAAAAUGAAAGAGCUUUUAGUGCUUGCAUUCGCCUAUGUGCCUUUUUGUGCUGGCACAAUACGUCCAAGCGAUGCGUUGUCGGUAAUGGCGGGUGAAGGUUUCACAGUAUAUUUAGAGUUGCCAAAGACGUUUGGAGCAGUAGAGAAUUGUUGGUAUAAAUUUGAAGGUGAUGCGAAAGUUAAUAUCGAUUUGAAAAAUUCCGUUGAAGCCAUUCUAACGACACGUGGCGAAGAAGUGUUGCCCUUCUCCAACCACAGAUGCGGCAUACGUGUAAAUAAGUUAUCUUCUGAAUCAGCUGGAAUGUGGACGUUGGAAGCUGAAAAUGCCUUUGGAGACUACGAACAAGGAGACUUGAAAGUAUCCAUACUUUCUAUGCAGAAGAAAUAUCUAAAUACCAGCGUCCAAUUGGCCAUUGGUGAUGGCACCAUUUCAUGUACUCUACCUGCGUCAGCUACAACGCAAUGUAAAAUCAUUGAUUACAAUAAUAAAGACGAAGUUUGGAAUUCAUGCAAUAUUUACACGCAUAUUCGGCCGAAUCGAACAUUCGUUUGUUAUACGCACAAUUUGGGCAGUAUGACACAAAGUAUUGAGCACAUAACUGUGCAAGCUAAGAAUAGUAGCAUGUAUACGACGGCCACUGUAACGGAAGGAGAUGACGAGGUAGUGAUGCGCUGUCAGCUCAAUAGCGUGGUGCAGGGUUGCCAGGUAGAAAUGCCGGGACGUAGGAAGGAGUUAUACAUUAUGGAGGGAUUGUUUAAUGGACGCUAUUCGGCAUAUGAUACACUGUAUUCGAAGCAGCUGUGUGCGCUAGCAGUCCCAACGCCUCUAGCGGAGUCAGAGUUGGGUUUGUGGCGUAUUUACAACACUGAAACAACACCUCCAACGGGUUGUCUUUUCUACAUUGGAAAACCAAAGGACCAAAUAAUGGCUGACGAACUAUUCGCUUCAAAGGAGGUAAAGCAAAUACGUGCUUACGAUGCAGAUACUACCAUAGAGCUAUUUACCUGCGAAGUGCCCUUCAUCAUAGACGAUUGCUAUUUGCGCGAUCCAAAUAAUACAGUUUACUUUCCGGAUCCCAUACGAUUUGAGCGUACACGCACAUACGGCCAAUGUCACUUCAUCAAUAUGCCAGUAAUGGCUGGCAGCUGGGUAUGUGGCGCGCGUGGACAUGACUACGCUAAGGAAGUGUUGCAGAAUUUCGAAGUUGUAGUAAAACCAAAAGCCGGCGAAGUGCUCACUGAAUCGUUGAAGCUGAAACAAGGCAAGACGGCCGAGCUGAUGUGUCAGAGUGCUUUUGAGGAACCGCUUACACAUUGCGCAUUCAUUGAUCCUGAAGGUCGGGUACAUUUGGUCGGCACAGCUAAUAGCAUUAAGACUGCGGGCCACGUGAAGUACUACGGACGCGGCUUGCUGUGGGGUGAAUGUGGCGCACAGAUAAGUGAAACUAAAAGUGAGGAUUUUGGCACGUGGAAAUGUCAAUUUGUCACCUAUGCCGACAAACGCACAUCGAUAUUUGCACUGCGCCUGCGUCAAACCGUUAUUCCUGCAUCAUCACUUGGACUUGGCAUUGGUAUAACGAUUAUAAUUGUGCUGCUUUUGGGUUUAUUGAUAGCUACAGUAUUCUAUCGACGCCGCAAUCUUACAGCGCAGCAUAGUUUUACUUCAGCAGAUCCAAUAAAUACGGUGUCGAGUAGCUCAUUGGCAAUGACAGCGAUUGAGACUUUGGAGCAGCCAAUUAUCGAGCGAUUGUAAGGAUAAGGAAUGUGUUAUAGGAAACUCAUUUGUUCUGUACUAUUUUAUAUGAGUGGCCAUACUUAGUUGAUUUUGAAAUUUAUUGUUAUUCAAUUGUUUAUCCGUUGUGUAUAGGUUUAUGUAUGUAUGUACUAUAUACGCACACAUUGUUUGUGUUCAUGACUUUGGUAUUAAAAUUUCUAAAAUAUGAAGUAAUGGUUUUUGGAAUUAUUUAGUUACCGAAAACUUUUUGGAGCGAAAUACAUGCAUACUAUGUAGCUUACGGGGAGAGCUUGGCAAUACUAUUUAAUUCCUUUAUGAGUUGAGCAAAUCAUACCAGAACUUCUGAUCAUUGACGAUCACAUAUGUAGAUAUUUUAAUGUACACCAAGGCAUAUCAAACCGGUUAG